CGCUGAGGAGGCGGCGGCGGAGGAGGAGGAAGAGGAGGAGGUGGCGGCCACCGUGACCGGCUGAUGAGGGCCCGGCCGCCCCACCGCCACCCCGCAGCCAUCGUGAAACUAUGUGGAAAUGGGGUAGUGGAGAUGAUUCUCCUUCCAAAACAGUAGCUGCGGGCUCGGCAGAUGCAAGGAGCAUGUCGGUGACAGAUCUGACUGAACAGCUGAGAAGUACUGAGCAGCUGGUGGCACAGCUAAAGGAGCUUGUCAGAGAGAAGGAUGCUGAGCUACGAAAUAAAGAUCUUCAGUUAAAGGAGGAGAAGGAAUCUGCUGAUGCCAAACUUUCCAAGUUGAAGCUGCAAAACAAAGCCAAGGUUGCAUCAUUAACCUCACAGUUGGAAGAACUAAAGAAACAAUUACCAGAAUCAGGAGGCUUGGAGGCAAAAGCAGAACAAAAGAAGGCAUCAAAAGAAGGUGACCAGGAAAAUGCUGCGGCAAAUCGUGGAAAAAUAUUAGUACUGAGAAGGAGAAUAGAAGAACUAGAGUCCCAGAUCAACCAAAAAAAUGAAGAGUUACAAAAAAAGAGCGUUGAACUGGAGGCCCAGCGUUGUCGUGGGACUGAAAUGGAUGCCAUGCUGGCAGAGAAGGAAAAGAAGUUAGCUGAAAGAGAUGCUUAUAUCAUUGAUUUGCAGAUAGCAUGUGGAUCAAGUGGGGUUGCCAAUGAAGUACUCUUGCCCAAUGAAGAACUGAAGAAUCAGCUGGCUGCUAAAGAGUCAUCACUAGAAAGCAUGCAAAUUCUGGUUCAGAACCUUACCAAAAAGGUUGGAGACAGCGAAGAAAAAUGUAGCUUGUUCCAAGAACAGAUUGAAAGCCUUAAAAAUAUUCAAAACAAAGAGAGAGAGUGUUUCCAAGGAAAAGAAGCUACAUAUGUGGAAAAUGCUGCGGGCUCGGCAGAUGCAAGGAGCAUGUCGGUGACAGAUCUGACUGAACAGCUGAGAAGUACUGAGCAGCUGGUGGCACAGCUAAAGGAGCUUGUCAGAGAGAAGGAUGCUGAGCUACGAAAUAAAGAUCUUCAGUUAAAGGAGGAGAAGGAAUCUGCUGAUGCCAAACUUUCCAAGUUGAAGCUGCAAAACAAAGCCAAGGUUGCAUCAUUAACCUCACAGUUGGAAGAACUAAAGAAACAAUUACCAGAAUCAGGAGGCUUGGAGGCAAAAGCAGAACAAAAGAAGGCAUCAAAAGAAGGUGACCAGGAAAAUGCUGCGGCAAAUCGUGGAAAAAUAUUAGUACUGAGAAGGAGAAUAGAAGAACUAGAGUCCCAGAUCAACCAAAAAAAUGAAGAGUUACAAAAAAAGAGCGUUGAACUGGAGGCCCAGCGUUGUCGUGGGACUGAAAUGGAUGCCAUGCUGGCGGAGAAGGAAAAGAAGUUAGCUGAAAGAGAUGCUUAUAUCAUUGAUUUGCAGAUAGCAUGUGGAUCAAGUGGGGUUGCCAAUGAAGUACUCUUGCCCAAUGAAGAACUGAAGAAUCAGCUGGCUGCUAAAGAGUCAUCACUAGAAAGCAUGCAAAUUCUGGUUCAGAACCUUACCAAAAAGGUUGGAGACAGCGAAGAAAAAUGUAGCUUGUUCCAAGAACAGAUUGAAAGCCUUAAAAAUAUUCAAAACAAAGAGAGAGAGCGUUUCCAAGGAAAAGAAGCUACAUAUGUGGAAAAUAUUCGUGUGUUUCAAAAUAUUAUCCAGGAAAAAGAAAAGGAACUGCAAGUACAAAGAGAAAAGCACGAGCAGGAGCUCUUUAAAUUAGCUGCUAAAUCUGAUGCAAGUGCUGACCUAGAGCAGUUACUAAAGGCCUUGAAACAGAAGCUGCAUGAAAAGGAAGAAGUCAUGCUGGGAAGGACACAGGUGAUCGAUGUCUUGCAAAAAGAACUGGAUGCCAAGGACGAGCAAUUGAAAGAGAUUAAUGAAAACCUGAAACAUCUUCAGUCUGAAAAAGAAAACCUCCAGUCUAAACUGGAUGCUGAGAAACAUGUAAUGAGAGCCCAGUUAAGAGACAUGAUGGAGAAACAUGAGCUUGAAAUGACAAAAGUUAAGGAGAAAUAUAAUGCUGAACUGCAUGAAAUUCAAGAGAAACAUGAAACUGAGCUGCAGGAGAAAGAUCAGGCCCUGUUUCAGCUUAAGAAACGAGUGGCAGAAUUAAGCGGCGGUGGACGGACUAACUCAAAAGAAGAUAGAGAUCUGGAGUCUGUGACCAAAGAGAAGAUGGAAGACUUAGAAGUACAAGUGAAAUUGAAAACAGAAGAGGCCAGCAAAUCUGAAGCAAAGUUUCUGAAAAUGAAGGCUUGGUCUAAAUCAAGAAUCAAACAACUGGAGGAUGAACUAAAAAAUUUUUCAUCGAAGAAUAAUGAUGUAUCUGCCUUAAACAAUCGUGUCUCAGAAUUAGAAAUUGAAAAUGAAGAACUACAGUCAAAACUGCAAUCGUUACAUGACAUUAGAACUCAAAAUGAAGAACUUCUGACUAAGCUGGAAGUCUAUGAAGAGCAGCAAAGGAAGUUGCAAGCUGAUCUUGACCAAGUUACAAAGAGGGCAGCUUCGCAGGCCAGUGAAUCAGGGAGUGUGGAUGAAUUGCAGAGUCAGCUCAUGGAAUGGCAAGAAAAUGUCCCAGAGUCAGAGGAGUCCCGUGAUCAAGUGAGAGAAGAGAAAUCUGCUAUGGCCUUGAGAAUGGCUCAGAUUGAGGAGGAGAGAGAAGGACUGAUUGAGGAUGACUGGUUCUUUCCUGGCUGCUCUGAUCCAGCCAUGGUCUCAGGGCAACAGGAGCUGGAGGAGGAACUGGCCACAGCUCAAGGAGUGGGCAGGCCGCAGCAGGCAAGAAGAAAAAGCAAUCAGACCAGCAGGAAGCUUCAGGAAGAAUACAACUUUGAUAGAAAACAAUGCUUUCAAGAAUUGAAUGUCACCUUGGAUAGCACUGAUUCAGCUGAAGGAGAAAAUAUGGGAGGCUUACGGAGUGUGGUUGAAGAGUUGGAACUGGAAAGAAAUCAGCUGCAGGAACAAAUCCUGUUUCUAGAAGAGCGCUGUCAGGAUUUGGAAGAUAGAAUGCAGCUUCAAGGUAGAAUGGAGGCUCUACAGGUAACGUUUGGUGUAGAUGAAGAAGGGCAGCUAUUGAGGGCGGUACAGAAUGAAAACGAACGAUUGCAAGCUCAACUCACCCAAUUACGCAGCCAACAAAUGCGAGAUGUGGAAAAGAAUCAAAUUCUGAUCUCUGGCUUGAAUGAGCAGCUUAAAGGGUUAAGUGACAGAAAUAGCUUCCUUGAAACUUCUCUUGGAGAAAAAGAGCAAAAACUGUUGAGCGUGACAGAAAAACUAGAACAAAUCGAAACUUUGAGGAAACUGCUUCAAGAAAAAGAUCUUCUGAACAAAGAUCUUGGUGAAAAGUUUGUGUGUACUGAGCAAAAACUGAAUGAAGCCUUAAAGAAGUGCAGUGUUUAUGAAGUGGAGAAUGCUGAGCAGAAAACGGUCAUCAGUGAUCUAACAGAAAAAGUUGCUACACUGAAGGAAAAGACUUUGAAACAAGAUGGCGUGGUAGAGUCAAUGCAGCUGGACCUGGACCAGACAAAUGAAGAGCUUGACAAAUUGAAUACAAGCCAUUUAGAGGAAAGAUCUCAACUUAUUCAAGAUCUCCAGAAACGUGAGAGAGAAAUUGAUAAUCUUAAAGAAGCACUGGCAGAAAAAGACAGGGAGAUGUCUGUCCUGUCUUUGAAUAUGACAGAGUAUUCUGAACAGAUUAUCAUCCUGAAGCGCCAAGUACAAUGCAAAGAGGAAGAAAUACGAGGGAUGGAGGAGGCCUUAUCAAAGGCUGAAAGGGAAACUCAUUUACUGAAAGAAGUCCAAACAGCUGAUGUAAGAGAUGCAAGCGUGAAGAUAUCUGUCCUUUCGGAGCAAAGUAACGCAAUGAGACUAGAGCUAGAAAGAGUUAGAGUUGAAAAUGAAGCUAAAACCAAAGAAAAUGAGGAAUUAAUAAGACAAAGCAGUGAGAACAGCGCUACAAUUAAGGAUCUCCGUUCGGAAAUCAAAGCCAACAAUGUUGCAUACCAUAACAAACUGGCAGAGUGCCAGUCACAAAUUACUUUGCUGAAAGAACAAAUUAGUAAAUCAUCUGAAAAGUUACAAGAAACUGAGGAUAAACAAAGAAAAGAAACUGAAUACUUGAAAUCUCAGCUUGAGGAAAACAAUACUCUCAAGGAAAAAUGGAACAAUUUGCUUAAAGAGAAAGAGAGUAAAGCACAGACACUUGAAAAUGAGUUAAAAUCAAUUAAAGAUUCAUACAAUAAACUGGUUUCGGAAAAUGCUAAAAAAGAUGAAGAGUUGGCUGAGUUAUCUAGAAAGCUUAUAGAACAUACUGAACAUCAGGAAACAAUUAGAAAAGAAUUACAAGAGAAACAAGAGUUCAUUAUUUCAUUACAGCAGAAACUUGGGGUUUUGGAGCAGCAAAAUGAAGAGACUAAAGUUAAAUUAACUGGAGAUCUGGAAGCCAAAGAGACAUGUUGCAAAGAACUUAAUAACCAAUUAAAUGAAAUACAUAAACAAAUUAACAAGAUGGAAAUAGAGACACAGGAGAAAGCUUCUGCUAAUAAGCAAUUGCAGGCAGAUCUUGAAGGGAAAGAAGAAAAAUUGGCAGAGCAAAUAAAAGCAAAUGAAUAUCUGAAAAAAAGUAUAGAUACAGUGGAAAAAGAGAAGGAGCAGCUAAUCAGGGAAAAUGAGAAUUUGUCCAAACUCCUGGAUGUAAAAGAAUGUGAAUUGUUAAAGAAAAUCCAGGCUGUGGCAGAAAUAGAGAAUAAGCUAUCUGCUAGCGCUGCUGAGUACGAAAAAACUCUUUCAGUACUAAGUUGUGAUAAAAACACCCUGGCAAAGGAGAUUGAACAACUUUCAGUACUUGCCGAGCAAAAAGAAAAUUCAGUGGCAGAACAGCUGCAGGAGAAAACAAAGGAAUGUAAUGUGCUGGCUGAUCAGUUGUGUGAAAGCAAGGAACAGACACAACAGUUGCAUGAACAAAUGCAAUCACUUCUCAUUCAGCUGCAGGAUACAAGAGACAAAGAAAUAAAGAAAGAAGAAAUGUUAAAUAAUAAGUUAUCAGAAUGCAGUAGCCUAAUGCAAGAGCUCAGCCACAGUAAGGAAAAAAAUUUAUUACUGCAGGAACAAAUUCAAAGCCUAACUUUGGAUUUUGAAGCUGCGAACAGGUCUCUAGAAGAGAAAAACCUUCAAAAUGAUUCAUUGCGUAAAGCAAUGGAAGAGAGUAAGUUUUGUAUUGUAGAGCUUCAGGAUGAAAUAAAAAAUCUGAAAGAUGAAAAAACAAAGUUAUCUCAGUUGGUAGAGGAAAGAGACCUGAUUCUAAAAAAUCAGGGUUCGGAACUUGAGAAGUUUCAUAAGCAAAUGUCUGAAAAAAUGGAAGAACAUACAGUGUUAAAUAAUCAGCUGCAGCUAUUAAGCAAAGAAUUGGAUGUGCUUAAGCAUGAAAAGGAGGACUUUUCAAGCUUAUUGACUGAGAAGUCCCGUGAAUAUGAAGCUCUUCAGUCACAGUUGGUACAGCAACAGUCUGAAAUUACUUCAGCAAGGCAACAAGCACAUGAUGCUGCUCUAGAAAAUGAAAAAUUGAAAGCAGACAUUGAAACAGUUAAUGUUACGGUAAUGAAAAAAUCAGAUGAAGUAGCUGCUUUAACUUCACACUUGUCUCAACAAAGUCAUAAUAUUUUAGCUCUGAAGGACCAAAUUGAUGGCCUCUUGAUUGAAAAAGAAAACUUAAAAAUUGCCUGUGAAGAAAAAGAAACUCUCCUUUCUGAAAAGGAAGCUUUGGUUCAGCAAAUGAAAGAUAGUAAAAUGGCAGGAGAGGGGCAAUAUAUGCAAAUCAUUUCAGAUCUGCAAAACCAAAUACAAGCCCUAAGUUUUGAAACCGGCCAGCUUAGACAUGCAAUGCAGGAAAAAGAUAAUGAAUUUAAGAGGCAAGCCCAAGAAUUAAAGUUAUUAAAAGAUAAAUCUGAAGAGUCUGAUGUACUUAGGGUUCAACUGUCUGAGAAUAUGGAGGUUAUUUCUGACCUUCAAUAUCAGCUUAAAAAUGUGACAGAAAAAUCAUCCCAGUUGAAUGAUUCAAUUAUACAAAAGGAUGAAUCUUUAAAACGAAAGUUAGAUGAAUACAUCAGUUUAAAAGCAGAGCUUUCUGAGGUACGGGAAUCUUCUGUUUUGCAACAGAAACAGUUGGAGCUUUUAGCCUCUGAAGCAGAACAAUUAAAAGUACUUCUUUCAGAAAAAGAAUUAACCAUCAACAAUAUUUCAUUGUCUAGCGAGACUUCAAAGAGACAACUUCAAGAGAAAGAGAAUGAAUGUGAGGUCUUAAAGAAACAGGUGGUAGAUCUGGAGGAAGGAAAAGUGAAUUUGCAAAAAGAAAUACAAAAUCAGAAGAAUGUAAUACUUGAGAUGAACCAGUCGUUAUCAGAAAAGGAGUCAUCUCUUACGGAAAACGAAAGUCUCCUCAAAACUCUGCAGGAGAAAGCAAGGACAGAUGAAGAGAAGACAAAUUUAAUUUCUCAGCUCAGGAGUCAGGUAGAUGAACUAACACAAGAGCUGCAGAAAACUAAAGACCUAGUACAUGAGAGAGAAAAUGCCUUUUUAUCUCUUCAGGAGAAAAUCGAAGCACAAUAUGUAUUAAGAACUGAGCUGAAUGCAGCUGUUGAGAAAAAAGAAGAAGUUAUUGCUGGACUGCUAAAUUCUUUAAAAGAGAAAGAUACCAGUAUACAGUUGGCAGAUAGCAACGUUAAUGGUCUUUCUAGUGAGAUUGAGGUUCUUAAAGGAAAAUUAAAGGAAAGUGGUACAGCCAUGAAAAACCUCACUAAGGAAUUUCAGGAAAAGAAUGAGGAGCUUGAUAUUAAUCAGAAGAAAAUGGAUUCUUUGACAAUUGAACUUGACUCUCUUAAAAGCGAACACCAAAAAGCACUAGAGCAAAUAAAUUCUUUGAAAGAAGAACUACAGCAAAAAGAAUUGGCUGUGGAGUCUCUGCGUGUGAAGUGCGCUGAGCAGGCAGAUAAAAUAACGUGUUUGAGCUUAGAAUUGAACGAUGUGAAUUCCAGAUCCUCUCAAGACUGCCAUGACAACGCCCUUUUAAUAGGCAGUCUGCAGGGCCAGGUAGAGUCUUUAGAGAAAGAAAAAAAUCGCUUGCAAGAAGAUGCUGAUAAACUGUUGGCUGAAAAUGCACAACUUACUACAUCUCAAAAUCAUUUGCAAAAGAAAUUGGAAGAGCUCCAAGAAAUCAAUGAAAAACUAGAAACCAGUGAGAACUAUUCAAGAAUGCAGAUAGAUGCUGUCAAACUGCAGAUGAAGACUGAAAAAGAGAAGUUACAGACGCAGGUUAGUGUGAAAGAUGAAGAACUUUCUAAAUUAGAACUUAAAUUUGAAACUCUAGAACAAAGUCUACUUGAGUCAGAAAACAAGUGGGUGACAGAACUCGAUAGGGCAACUUUACAAAAUGAUAAACUUACUGAGCAAUUGAGCAGUUUAGAAAGUGAAAUGAAAUCAAAGGAUAGCAAAAUCCAGUCUUUGCAGCAAGAGCUGGAUCUUAUAAAAGAGGAAUUAACUCAAAGCUUAUCUCCAUUACUUAGUAGCAGGCUUUUAUGUAAAGAAAAGGAGGCACAGACUUCAGAUUCUGAACUGCAGCUAACCGAUAGUAAAAUUCAGUUGGAAAAAUUCUCCACUCUUGUAACCACUAUUUUGAGCAAAGAAACAGAAAGAGAACAAUUGCAACUGGUGCUUUUAGAGAAACAGAAAGAAAUAGAUGCUGUGAAAGAUGAAUUAAAGAGUGUGCAGUCACUUGAGAGGGAGAAGGAGUUGCUGCAGAAUGAUAUUGAAAAAAUGAAGGGCAAGUAUCAAUCUGAAAUUGAAUGUCUGUCAAAAGAAAUGGUCACAGUCAAGGAAACAUUGUGUAAACAACAGUCUCUCUUGCAAGAAAGGGAAGAGUCUUUUGCAGAACUAAAUAAGCAGGUUGAAUUUCUUCAAAACAAGAUAAGUGAAUCAGAAGAAUUAGUAAGAACCAGUCAAGAGAAACUGCACUUUGAAGGUAAAAAAGUAGCAAGUCUCCUUGAAGAAACAGGAAAAAAAGAUCAACUCAUUGAAAACUUAACUUCCCAGGUAAAUCAGCAGAAGGAGUUAAUUUCUGGUCUAAGCCAGCAACUGAAAGAGAAGGACUGUUCUGUUACCCAGAUCAUGGAAUCAUUGUCUAACGAAAUGCUGAAUUUUUCCGAAGAGAGAAAUACGUUAAAUACCAAACUGCAAGACCUUGAAGCUGUUCAUAAUAGUUCCAUAGAAGAGCUAAACCGAGUAUUGCAGGAACUUGAGGAUUGUAAGAAAGAACUGGAACACAGUCAGGUUACGUUAAGCAGUAGAGAAGCUGUGUUUAAGGAUUUAAUGAAUGAAAAAGAGGAGAUGCAGUUUAAUCUUGAGAAAAUGGGUAAGGAAAAAGAAAAUCUGAAAAAGAAACUUCAAGCAGCGUUGAUAGUAAGAAGAGAUCUAAUGCAAAAAGUUGGAAAACUAGAAAAGAGCGGGCAGGAAGAAAUAGAAAAAGAGCAAAAAAAAGCAGAGGAGCUGUUGAGGAAAGUUAAUGAGUUAACAGACAAGCUGAAACUAGUUGAAGUACAAAAUAAAGAUUUUGAGUCUCAUCUUGGAACUUUGAAGCAACAACUUCUAGAAAAAGAUGCCAAAAUAAGUAAUUUGACUGAAAUUUUGUCUUCAAAAGCUUCUUAUUUAGAGGAACUUCAGGACAAUAUUACAAAGCUAAAUGAUGUCAUUGCUGAAAAAGAAAAAACAUGUGAGCAGAACCUAAAAUCUUUAGAGGAAAAUAACAUUAAUGUCUUGAAUCAAUUAAAAGAAGAGAAAGAGGCCUUACAGAGGGAGCUUUUGGUCAGGGAAGAAGAUAUGAAAGAAUUUCAGAAAGAAAGGGAAAAACACGCUAAACUCGCAGCAGAUUUCAAUGAACAAAAAAACUACCUUGAGCAGCUGAAACAAGAACAUAAAGCACUCUGGGAAGUUCUUCAAACAAAAUGUAAAGAACUUGACUUCAAUCAGUUAGAAGAGUAUCCCUUAGGGAAAGAGCUGGCUUUACCUAAGGCAGUGCCAGCAGAAGAAGCAGCUGACCUAAGGAAUUUGGAAUCGGACAAAGCAAGAAGCAAGGUUCAGGAUGCAUCCUUAAAAGAGUCAGAAAACGUGAUCGCUUCAGCGGAAAGUAAAGACACUGAGUUAAGAGAACUAAGAAGUAAUUAUGCAAAACUUCAGGAGGAGACAGAAAUGUUAAAGAAAGAGUUGAGGAAGAUAUCAGUUGAAUUUGGUGAUGAAAGACCAGAAACAGUCAGCGUAGACUCUUUGAGACAGCAGGAGGAGUAUCAGGAUACGGGCAGCUUGUUGGAGGUCAUAAAGCAGCUACAGAAAAGGCUGAAAGCAUAUGAGGCUGAAGCUGUAGAGAUUAAGACGGCGCUUGAAUGUGUAAGUAAUGAGAAAGAAGCACUUCUUAAAAAAAGUGAAGAGGAUUACAAGGUGAACCAGGAGAAACUGCAGAGAUUGAGAACUGAAGCGAAGAAGGAGGUUGCAGAAAAGAAUGAGGAAAUAGAAGCGUUGCAUUGUUCGCUUACGGAUUUCAAAGUUAAACUUGAUCUGGAAAAGGAAUUAUUAAAUAAAGCUAUAAAGGAAGGCCAAGAAGAAGCCUACCAUUACAAAACAGCAUUUGAAGAAAUGAAGGAUGAAAAAGAGAAACUUUUUGGUUGUUUAGAAAAGUCCAAUUUGGAACUAAUUGAUAUGAAAAAGGAGGUAGAACAUUUCAGUGAAGAAAACAAAAAACUUCUGGCAGAGCUAUGUAUGCUACGUGAGAAGGUUGAGAUGAGUAGACCUGUGGUGUCACGCAAAGAGCUUAAGGAAGAAAAUGAUACUGAAAAAGAAUUGGGAGAGUGUUGUUCGGAAAGUAAUUCCUUUCAAGGAGAGUUAGAAGGUAAAGGCACCUCUUCUCAACUAUCAGAGGCUGAUUACUCUGGGAAAACAGAAUGUCAAAUCCAGAAACAAAGGCAAAUGAUUGAAGAACCGCUGGCAAAAUCUGCAAAUAUAAAUGAUUCUAAACCACAAGAGCAAAGAACUGUAGCAGAAGAGAAGUCCAGAGAGCGCCUUCAAAGAAAAUUACAGGCGGCUUUAAUAUCGCGCAAAGAAGCCCUGAGAGAAAAUAAAUGCCUAAAAGACCAGAUUGAUAAGCUCAUGUUGGAAAGAGAAGAACUGGUGAACAAGACAGGUAUGCUUGAACACUUGUUGGAGCUUGGGAGAGAAAACCAAAGUUCAAGUGCUGUUUCUCCACUGUCUGAAGAGGAGCGCCUUGUUUCUGAAAAUGCCAGACUGUUGACUGAGAAUGAAAACCUCACUGCGGCAUGUGAAAGUCUUAAAUCCACCAUGGAGACUAUAGUUCAGGAAAAAGAGGCCUUUUCUUUCCAACUAAAUACCUUAAAAGAUUCUCAGACAGUUGAAUUGACAGGAUGGAAGGCUAAACAUAGUGAAUUAAAGCAGGAGUAUGAAUCGCUUCUUCAGGCUUAUGAGAAUAUCAGUAGUAAAAUAGCAGAGAUGAGGCAAGUUAUUGAUCUCACUAGAAAAGAGAAGCAAGAGGCCAUUCAAAGGCUCAGGGAAAGAGAAUCUGAGAAGGAGGCUCUUGGGCAGCGUUUACAAAAGCUCAUGGAUGAAAAUGAGGUUGUUAAGAAUCAACUGAAACAACUGGGCGAAUCCAAGAAAAUGGAAGUUGACGAAUUACAAAGUAAAGCAGAGAGGCAGAUCCGUGAGCAAGAGGCAAGGAUGCAAGAACACCAGGAUCGUCUUUGUGAACUCACUGAUCAGAAUCAUCAGCUAAUGGAGGAGAAUGAGCAGCUGAAACAAACUUCUGAAAACUUAAAGCAGGCUUUAGAGAAAAUCCAGAAUGAAAAUGAUAUCCUUCAUAAUGACAUCACUGUAACUAAAGCAGCUUUGGGAGAGCUCCAGGUUCAAAUGGAGGUGUACCAAAAUGAUAUGCAAUCUAAAAUCAAUGAUGCAUUAUAUAAGAAUGAAUCAUUGUUACAGGAUAUUAAUCUGUUAAAGGAUAAACUCUCUGAAAAAGAGCAAGAUGUGCUUGUCCUAGAAGAAGAAAGAAAAUUAAUUUCAGAAAAAGCAAAAGAAAUUGAAAAAUCCUUGGACCAUAAAAACCAUUGUCUAACAAAGCUGGACAUGGAAUGUAAGAGUCUGACACAGGAAAUUGUUAGUCUAAAUGAAAAAGUUAAGAUAUUAGAGGAUGAUAAAUGUCUGUUACAGGAAGAAUUAGAAAAUGUACAAGAAAGUUCUUACAAAGUAAAGAAUGAGAGAGAGUUUCUUGAGACGGAAUUGCUUAAUCAUGUUAAAAAAGUUGAUCAUCUUACUGAUAGAAUGAAAUCAGCACAGGUACAGAAUAACUUGCUGUUACAGCAACUGGAAGAAUUAAAGGCAGAAAAAUGUAAUGUGAUUAGAGAAAAAGAAGAGCAGCAGUUACACCUUGUAAAAGUGUUUGAGGAGAAGGUGAAAAGUGCUCAGAGGGAUAAUAAUGGAAGUAAAAACAAAACGAAAGAAUUGCAAGAACUCUUAAAGGAGAAACAGCAGGAGAUCAACCAAUUGCAAAAGGAUUCGAUAAAGUUCCAGGAGCUGAUCCUGGAUUUGGAAAGAUCUGUGAAACUGUCGCAGGCAAAAAGUGAAAAACUCGAAAAAGACUUAAGUAAUGCUUCAGAAAAGCAUGCAAAAUCAAAGGAAGAAAUCUGUCACCUCAAGGGUGAGCUUUCUUCACAGAUGAACUUGUUGGAUCAGUCAAAGAGUGAAGUGGUCAGGCUUACAGAGGAGAAUCUAAAUUGGAGAAAAGAACUUAAGAAGAAAGAAGAGGAACUACAACUUCGAAAGCGAGAAUAUGAGAGGCAAUUGGAAUUUAAUCUUCAACAAUUGAAAUUGGUUCACCAAAGAGAAAUUUUGAACCUAGAGGAAAGACACGGUGCCCUUGAGAGAGAAAAAGACAGGGCAAUUAGUGAGAUUCGUGGUUUGCAAGAGGAAGUUGGCAUUAAGGACUCCCAAAACAAGAAAAUUCAAGCAGAUUUGAAUGCGGCUUUGGCACGAUUAGCCGCUUUCACAAAGUGUGUGUCCUCUCUUCAGGAUGACCGGGACAGGGUAGUCACUGAAAUGAAAACCUGGGAAAUGCAGUUCAAAGAGGCCAUCCAAAGUAAAGAGAAACAGAUAGAAGACAGCAAUAAAAGAAUAAUGUCUCUACAGGAGGAAUUGAAGGAAAAAAUUACUCAGAUUCAAGAACUGAAUAUCAAAUAUUCAGUGGUAGAGGAAACAAAGGAUGAACUGUAUUUGAGGCAAAAAUCUGUUGAUCUACAACGGUAUGAAGAGCUCUGCAGAAUAAAGGAAGAAAAUACGUUUUUUUUUAACAGGCAGCAAGAAUUGGAGAGCGUGCUUCAGUCCAAAGAAGAAGCUUUGCAAGCACUCCUUAAGGAAAAUAAUUCUCUUAAUCAUCUCAUAGAGAAUAGUAAAAGUGCAGGAAGAGAGAUAAAAGCUCUGGAAAGUAGUUUUACAAGACAAGAACAAGAAUUGCAACAGCUUCUAGCUGAGAAGGAAAAAGUCAAUGCUGAAUUGCAGAAGCAGAUCACCAUUUCCGAGCAAAUGAAGAUCAUGCUAAAUAAUAAAGACGAAGAGAUUUCCUUACUCAUUUCUUCAAAAGGUGAUGAAAUUUCCGACUAUCUGAUUCAGGUACAGACUCAACAUAAAAAACAAAUCGAAGAGUAUGAACUUCAGUUAAGGUCUUUGCAGACAGAGAAAGAACGAUCUGAGGAGUCCUGUCAGAGGAUGGAAAAAGAAUUGAGAAACCUCCAGCUGAAAGCGGAAAAAGCAGGUCAAGAUAAGGCUGCAAUUGCCAGUGAAAUAGAUGCCUUUAAAAAAUCCAUGUCGUCUCUUCAGAAUGAUCGGGAUGAUCUUUUUUCUAAAUACAAAGAACUGGAACAUCUUCACCAAGAUGUCUUAAAUCAGCGGGACAGUCUUAUAGUUGGCAAUGCCAGUGAGAAUAAUGCUUUGAAGCAAGAAAUAAGGACGCUUCUCAAUCAGAUAGAUGAUCUCCAUUCAGAAAACGCAAUGCUAAGUGCACAGCUGAUAAAGUACAGGGAAGAUCUUAACCAAGUUCUAUCUCUGAAAGACCAUCAGCUGAAAGACUUACUUAAGCAGAAAUUGGAUUGUAUUAAAAGCCUCGAGCAAGAAAAAUAUGACCUUCAAAAGCAAAUAAAAGAAGUGCAGUUUUCCAAUCAAUUGCAGAAGGACACUGCUGAGUCUUUGGAACAUGAAAAUAAAAAAUUAGUGUCUAAAAUAAAUGAUUUAGAGUCUUUAAUUGCAUCCUUAAACAGAGAGAAACUUGUUUCUGAAUCUGGAGAGAAGCUGCUGACUAGUGAUAGUGUUCAGAAAAAGGAAAGUGUAUCCAAUGGGCAGUUUGGAGAAAAUCUGCAGAAGAAGAUUCACGAACUCCAGAAAUCAAGAGGCAGAAAUACUAAGGAUGCAGAUGAGGAAUACAGUAAGACUCUUUUGACGCUUCAACAUGGAGAUGAACCUGAGAAGAUGUUACUAGAAGUUCAGUCUCAAAAUAAUGAACUGAGGUCCCAAAACGAGGCCUUUGGGAAAGCAAUGACUGCUCUGCAAAACGACAGAGACAGGAUAAUAGAGGACUUCAAGGUACUUCAGAGCAAAUACACAGCUGAACUCAAGACUGAAAGAAAGAAAGGAGAUGAACUUGAGGCUGAAUUGGAUGGCUUUAAAUCACAUCUUAUCAGUACGCUCAAAGAAAAUUCUCUUCUCAGUCGGGUUAUUCUUGAUGCUGCAGAUAAGGUUACACUUGAUCAGAUUGCUGAUGGAAUUGAAAAGCUCUGUAGGACGUUAGUCAGUCGUGAGAUGGAGAUUAGCAGGCUCUCAUCUGAGUGUGGGAAUUAUGGUCACCAGAUUGAAGCUUUUUCCAAGGCUAUGGCCAGUCUUCAGGAUGACCGAGACAAAUUGCUGCAGGAGCUCAGCAAUCAGAAGGCUAAAGAAGGAGCCAGCCUUGCAGCUGUUGAAAUAUCAAAACUGAAGACCAAGGUUGAUGAUUUGGAGAAGGCGUUGCAGCAGACAAAAGCCUUCCAAGCAGAAACUGAGAGAGAGAUUGCAUCGUACCAGAAUGAGCUUGCUGGAUUAAGAAUGGAAAACAACCUCCUCCUCUCGGAGUCCCAGGCGCUACGAAAUCAGUGUCAAAUCACAGUUGCUGAGAAGGACCGGCAGAUUGCGGAGCUACAGAAGCUGCAACAGGACAUGGUUGUUAAGAAAUCAGUCUCUGCUGGCAGCAAUUACCCACCCAAGGUUUUGGAAACUGUCUCCCUCGCUGGAAGUGCAGACGUGCCGGAGGACAUCAAACGUGUUUUAGCUGAGAAGAAUCAGCUUCAGAAUGACCUGCAGCGCUGCCUUCAGGAGAUACAACAGAAGGAUCUGUAUUUUCAGCAGAUUAAUUCAAAGGUUGUGCAGUCAGCAGAAGAGAAUGCUGUCUUGUCUGCCCAGUUGAAGACUCUUUCACAGACUCUAAGGGAUAACCAGCUUCGUUACACUGACUUGCAAAAUCGGUAUUUAAGACUAGAGAGGGAAUAUCAGACCAUGCAAGUAACAUCUUUCCAAGGCACUGUUCAGGCUGAAACUAGAGCAGAAGUUCCCCCUGGAGCGCCGCAGGAAAGGUCUGCAGUUAUGGUCGAAAUAGACAAUAUGGAGCUAAAUGAACUCAGGAAAAGGCUUGCAGAGAGCGAGCAACAGUACGAAUCAGUGCAGCAGGCACUCUCACAGCUGACAGAGACACUGUCAGAAGAAAAGAGGAGGAGAGAAGCUGCAGAAGAGGCUCUUGGACUCUCUGAGGAGCAGAGUAACAGAUUUGAAGUAAGCAGUUACAGGUCUGUACCUAGUGAAUACACUGUUCAGAUGGAGACUGAGGAGGAAAGAGAAGCCUUAAUCAUCAAUCCCAGUGAACAUGUUAUUGUGCGAAAGAUGAAAGGAGGAGCCCUUUCCUUCAGAAGAUGGGUUCGAGGGCGAAGCCUUUACUGUUCUAAGCUGCUGACCUCCAGAGCGAAAUCCCGCUAUUUAUUCCUCACCUACCUAGUGACACUACAUCUUGUUGUUUUACUGUGCCUCACGGGUGUUCUCAGUGAAGUGGUAAGGCUUACAGAGGAGAAUCUAAAUUGGAGAAAAGAACUUAAGAAGAAAGAAGAGGAACUACAACUUCGAAAGCGAGAAUAUGAGAGGCAAUUGGAAUUUAAUCUUCAACAAUUGAAAUUGGUUCACCAAAGAGAAAUUUUGAACCUAGAGGAAAGACACGGUGCCCUUGAGAGAGAAAAAGACAGGGCAAUUAGUGAGAUUCGUGGUUUGCAAGAGGAAGUUGGCAUUAAGGACUCCCAAAACAAGAAAAUUCAAGCAGAUUUGAAUGCGGCUUUGGCACGAUUAGCUGCUUUCACAAAGUGUGUGUCCUCUCUUCAGGAUGACCGGGACAGGGUAGUCACUGAAAUGAAAACCUGGGAAAUGCAGUUCAAAGAGGCCAUCCAAAGUAAAGAGAAACAGAUAGAAGACAGCAAUAAAAGAAUAAUGUCUCUACAGGAGGAAUUGAAGGAAAAAAUUACUCAGAUUCAAGAACUGAAUAUCAAAUAUUCAGUGGUAGAGGAAACAAAGGAUGAACUGUAUUUGAGGCAAAAAUCUGUUGAUCUACAACGGUAUGAAGAGCUCUGCAGAAUAAAGGAAGAAAAUACGUUUUUUUUUAACAGGCAGCAAGAAUUGGAGAGCGUGCUUCAGUCCAAAGAAGAAGCUUUGCAAGCACUCCUUAAGGAAAAUAAUUCUCUUAAUCAUCUCAUAGAGAAUAGUAAAAGUGCAGGAAGAGAGAUAAAAGCUCUGGAAAGUAGUUUUACAAGACAAGAACAAGAAUUGCAACAGCUUCUAGCUGAGAAGGAAAAAGUCAAUGCUGAAUUGCAGAAGCAGAUCACCAUUUCCGAGCAAAUGAAGAUCAUGCUAAAUAAUAAAGACGAAGAGAUUUCCUUACUCAUUUCUUCAAAAGGUGAUGAAAUUUCCGACUAUCUGAUUCAGGUACAGACUCAACAUAAAAAACAAAUCGAAGAGUAUGAACUUCAGUUAAGGUCUUUGCAGACAGAGAAAGAACGAUCUGAGGAGUCCUGUCAGAGGAUGGAAAAAGAAUUGAGAAACCUCCAGCUGAAAGCGGAAAAAGCAGGUCAAGAUAAGGCUGCAAUUGCCAGUGAAAUAGAUGCCUUUAAAAAAUCCAUGUCGUCUCUUCAGAAUGAUCGGGAUGAUCUUUUUUCUAAAUACAAAGAACUGGAACAUCUUCACCAAGAUGUCUUAAAUCAGCGGGACAGUCUUAUAGUUGGCAAUGCCAGUGAGAAUAAUGCUUUGAAGCAAGAAAUAAGGACACUUCUCAAUCAGAUAGAUGAUCUCCAUUCGGAAAACGCGAUGCUAAGUGCACAGCUGAUAAAGUACAGGGAAGAUCUUAACCAAGUUCUAUCUCUGAAAGACCAUCAGCUGAAAGACUUACUUAAGCAGAAAUUGGAUUGUAUUAAAAGCCUCGAGCAAGAAAAAUAUGACCUUCAAAAGCAAAUAAAAGAAGUGCAGUUUUCCAAUCAAUUGCAGAAGGACACUGCUGAGUCUUUGGAACAUGAAAAUAAAAAAUUAGUGUCUAAAAUAAAUGAUUUAGAGUCUUUAAUUGCAUCCUUAAACAGAGAGAAACUUGUUUCUGAAUCUGGAGAGAAGCUGCUGACUAGUGAUAGUGUUCAGAAAAAGGAAAGUGUAUCCAAUGGGCAGUUUGGAGAAAAUCUGCAGAAGAAGAUUCACGAACUCCAGAAAUCAAGAGGCAGAAAUACUAAGGAUGCAGAUGAGGAAUACAGUAAGACUCUUUUGACGCUUCAACAUGGAGAUGAACCUGAGAAGAUGUUACUAGAAGUUCAGUCUCAAAAUAAUGAACUGAGGUCCCAAAACGAGGCCUUUGGGAAAGCAAUGACUGCUCUGCAAAACGACAGAGACAGGAUAAUAGAGGACUUCAAGGUACUUCAGAGCAAAUACACAGCUGAACUCAAGACUGAAAGAAAGAAAGGAGAUGAACUUGAGGCUGAAUUGGAUGGCUUUAAAUCACAUCUUAUCAGUACGCUCAAAGAAAAUUCUCUUCUCAGUCGGGUUAUUCUUGAUGCUGCAGAUAAGGUUACACUUGAUCAGAUUGCUGAUGGAAUUGAAAAGCUCUGUAGGACGUUAGUCAGUCGUGAGAUGGAGAUUAGCAGGCUCUCAUCUGAGUGUGGGAAUUAUGGUCACCAGAUUGAAGCUUUUUCCAAGGCUAUGGCCAGUCUUCAGGAUGACCGAGACAAAUUGCUGCAGGAGCUCAGCAAUCAGAAGGCUAAAGAAGGAGCCAGCCUUGCAGCUGUUGAAAUAUCAAAACUGAAGACCAAGGUUGAUGAUUUGGAGAAGGCGUUGCAGCAGACAAAAGCCUUCCAAGCAGAAACUGAGAGAGAGAUUGCAUCGUACCAGAAUGAGCUUGCUGGAUUAAGAAUGGAAAACAACCUCCUCCUCUCGGAGUCCCAGGCGCUACGAAAUCAGUGUCAAAUCACAGUUGCUGAGAAGGACCGGCAGAUUGCGGAGCUACAGAAGCUGCAACAGGACAUGGUUGUUAAGAAAUCAGUCUCUGCUGGCAGCAAUUACCCACCCAAGGUUUUGGAAACUGUCUCCCUCGCUGGAAGUGCAGACGUGCCGGAGGACAUCAAACGUGUUUUAGCUGAGAAGAAUCAGCUUCAGAAUGACCUGCAGCGCUGCCUUCAGGAGAUACAACAGAAGGAUCUGUAUUUUCAGCAGAUUAAUUCAAAGGUUGUGCAGUCAGCAGAAGAGAAUGCUGUCUUGUCUGCCCAGUUGAAGACUCUUUCACAGACUCUAAGGGAUAACCAGCUUCGUUACACUGACUUGCAAAAUCGGUAUUUAAGACUAGAGAGGGAAUAUCAGACCAUGCAAGUAACAUCUUUCCAAGGCACUGUUCAGGCUGAAACUAGAGCAGAAGUUCCCCCUGGAGCGCCGCAGGAAAGGUCUGCAGUUAUGGUCGAAAUAGACAAUAUGGAGCUAAAUGAACUCAGGAAAAGGCUUGCAGAGAGCGAGCAACAGUACGAAUCAGUGCAGCAGGCACUCUCACAGCUGACAGAGACACUGUCAGAAGAAAAGAGGAGGAGAGAAGCUGCAGAAGAGGCUCUUGGACUCUCUGAGGAGCAGAGUAACAGAUUUGAAGUAAGCAGUUACAGGUCUGUACCUAGUGAAUACACUGUUCAGAUGGAGACUGAGGAGGAAAGAGAAGCCUUAAUCAUCAAUCCCAGUGAACAUGUUAUUGUGCGAAAGAUGAAAGGAGGAGCCCUUUCCUUCAGAAGAUGGGUUCGAGGGCGAAGCCUUUACUGUUCUAAGCUGCUGACCUCCAGAGCGAAAUCCCGCUAUUUAUUCCUCACCUACCUAGUGACACUACAUCUUGUUGUUUUACUGUGCCUCACGGGUGUUCUCUGAAUACACUGCAUUUUCUGGGUAAAUUAUUUCUCUGUAGGUAAUGGUGUGCCAAUCCAAGAUGAUAGACUUUUCACAUGCUGCUGUUAAGCUAUGCACUGGACACAGUUGUAUAUAUAUAUUCUUGUUACACUACAUGAAUCUUACGCUUCUUCAAAGAAAUUUGUGUAUAUCACAGUUGUUCCAAAGUUGACUUGAAUUGCUCUUUAUCAGUGGAAUAUUAUAUUUGCUAAGGAGAAAAUAUUCCCCUCUGUUCGCCCUAUACAGAAACUGCUGCAUACAAGUUAUUUAAUAUUGUUUGUGAGUACAUAAUGAUUGAUUACUACUGAAUGGGUUGUAAAUGAUAUCUUUUCUAUAUAAAUUUUAUUUUAAGAGUUAAACUAUAAAUUUUAAAGGAAUAAUCAGCUAUUACUGUUUAUUGACUUCUUGAUUAUGACAAGAGGUUUUAUAGAGUGCAAUAAAGAAAGGACUACUGGA